AAAGGCUAGAGUGCCACAUAUACCCACAGUAGUCAGGCAGGCUUAACCAGGAUCAAAAGAACAAGAAUAUAUCGCUAAUUGGUCCCAUCAUGGCUGCUUCUAGUGUUAGCAGGCAAAUGCCUACUAACCUAGCUUUUGAAGACUAUAGUGUCUACGGUCACUUAUCUGAGGAAGAGUUGAUUCAUCUGGCCAUUGAACGAAGCCUUACGGAUACCCAAGGUGGACCUUCACAAUCUGCACAACCCGCUCAUCAGUCUACAAGUUCACCUCCACUAAUUCAGGCAGAGCCCUCCAAUUAUGAUGGCAUGGCAGCAUUUCGGGAAUCCCGCAGACAAUAUGCAGAGAUGAGACGAGCCGCAAUGCAAACACAGACUGUCAGUCCCUGCAGCGAAGGCCAAAAGGAGAAGAAGAGAAGUGAACAUUCCUUUGCUGGAGACAGGGAGAGGAUGCUGGCCUGGAAAAGAAGAAAUGGAUCCUUGGAGGCUACAGAGCGAACUAUGGAUGAUGCAUCCAAGUUAAAUUCAGCUAUCUGGAAGAAUGAUUCCAAAACACUGAGUGAAAUUCUAAGGACAGUGCCUGCCACGAGUCUGUGCAAACCAAAUAAGGAUGGUUGGAUACAUUUGCAUGAGGCUGCAUACUAUGGUGCUUUGGAGUGUUUGGAACCAUUAAUACAAGCUUUUCCUCAGCUCAUCAACGCGCGUACCAACAAGAACCAAAACCCUCUGAUACUGGCUGUUAGUCAUAAACACCUUUUAUGUGCCCAGUGUCUUCUUGCAGCUGGAGGAGAUCCUAAUAUAGCCAACAAAUCAGGAGAGACGGCUGUAUUGAAAGCUUGUGAGAAGGCAAGUGUGGAGAUGGUGGAGCUUCUCCUGAAAGCUGGAGGCAACGCCUCUCGGGGAAAUCUCGAGGGAGUGACACCUUUACACGAAGCCGUGGGAGCCAAAAGUGUCGCCAUGUGCAAACUACUGGUGGAAGCUGGAGCAAAGAUAUGGGCCAAAAAUAUUUAUGGUAUUGAGCCACUGUUCACAGCUGCCCAGGCAGGAGCCACAGAAGCUUUGAACUUCCUCAUUAAACAUGGAGGAAAUAUUAACACUCAAGCUAACGAUGGAGCAACAGCUUUGUAUGAAGCAUCCAAGAAUGGUCACGAAGAAGUGGUGAAGCUACUUCUGUCCAAGAGAGCAGAUAUGAACAAAGCAACAAAAGCAGGAUUAACCCCUCUCCAUGUUGCAUCAAAGAAUGGACAUUUGGGAGUUGUGUUGUUACUGCUUCCACGCACCAACAGAGCAGUUGUGAGACGCUGUGGCAUUAGUCCACUCCACCUUGCAGCUGAGCGUAACAGAGAUGCGAUCUUGGAGAUUCUCAUUGAGGCAGGCUUUGAUGUCAACACCCAGCUGUCACUUGAAUGGUCAAAGAUGUAUGAGGACCGUCGCACCACAGCGCUCUACUUCACAGUGCGCAGCAGUAACGUAGAGGCGACCUCCAUGCUCUUAGAGGCUGGUGCUGACCCCAAUCUGGAUAUCUUCAACCCUCUCCUGGUAGCCGUGAGGAAGGGGAAUACGGAGAUGACAUCCCUGCUGAUGGAGUAUGGUGCAAAUGUGAAUGCCUGCAUGCCAACACACCCAACCACUUUCCCAGGGGCGUUACUCUUCUGUAUGAAGUAUAGACGCAUGUUCAAGCUCCUGUUGGAUAAUGGAUGUGAUGCCAAUGCAUGUUUCGCUUGUGUUUAUGGAAACGGGACACAUCCUCCAGUCAAGAGCAGACGUUCCACAAGGGAAGAUUUGUACCUACAUGGGCUUGAUGCUCCUCAUACCACAACAGCACAGUUCUGUGAGGUGAUGGCAGAUCCUUUUCAUUGUGCUUGGGCUGGAACCAUUAUCGAUCUCCUCUUAGAUUAUGUGGGUCAUGUGAAGUUGUGUUCAAGACUCACUGAUCUUCUGGACAGUAACAAAGACUGGGAAUACAUCAAAGAAAAAGCAAGGCCACCUUUCUCCUUGAUCCAUCUGUGCCGAGUGAGGAUCCGCGAGCUAGUGGGAUGGCAGAGACUGAGGAGGAUGACCAGCCUUCCUCUGCCUGGACGACUCAUCAAGUACCUGUUCUACGACAACGGAGAGUCUGAGGAUUUCUUGAAUUGUGGUUAGAGUAGACUAGACUAAGCGUGUACAGGAUUCAGGAUCAACUCAACUGUGUCACUCAACACAGAUCUGUAACAUCUAUGCAAUGUGACAACAGUACUGUUACGGGAAGGGUCUUCCCGUACAGCAGUACAUCCAUUGCGGGAUAUUGAGCAGAGUUCUAUCGAAAUGACUGGCAUCACAUGUUAUGGUUCAUCCUAAAAUGUAUACGUUUAUAUAGGAUUUUGCUAACUUUGAGACAUUUCUUUAAUACACCUUUCUGAAGUUAGGAGAAGACUGACUUAGGAAUAAGGUGAAUAGCCUGUUUCCAUGCAAAGACAUUUUUUGAGCAAAGCACUCAAUAGUUGAACACUGUGGUGUAAAGUGACAAACACUUACUGGGACAAUCAAUAGAAGGACACUCAAUAGGAGUGUCCUCAAUAGGACACUCAAAGGCUCCAGCAUGGCAAGGAAUGCAAAAUGAAGGAAAAGCAAAGCUGAUGUCUUCAGUUUCCUUGAGUUUGUGUUCAUCGAGACUCCUGGAGGAAAGAUGUAAAAUGGAAACACAUUUGAGCCAAGUAUAAGCUUUUCAGGUGUGUUCCAACUAGGUACACUGCUUGGCCAAAUCUGGUCACCACCUUGAUUUUACUAAACAAAUAGACCUCUGUUUGCCUUCAAAAAGGUAACCAAAGCUUCCAUCUGUUAAUUGAAGCUAACUGUUUAUGGCAAGUUGCAUUGUAAGUUAGCUUUGGGGUAGCAAAGAUUAAAGUGUGCCGUCUUCACCUACCAAAAAUCACAGUAUCCACUAGAAGGCAGUGGACAAAAUUGUGUAGGCUAUCACAAAAUGUCUUUUUAACAGGUGCGAAUUCAAAAUCCCCAUGUUACUUUCCCAUAGAAAAAAUCUCAAGAUACCGGAUCUCCUUAUUUGGGCAAAGAUUUUUUUGUAGGUGAACUUCAGAGGUUUAUAGGUAAGCGCUAUGACCUGGGGUUGCUGCAGUUGGUCAGGUUUAGGUUCAGCAACAUUAAGUGCCCAAAGAAGGAGGUCAGCUCACUAUCUGAAUAUACUGAUGGCAGAAGACCAAAAUGACAAUGCCAGAUUUCAUCAGGCUCAAAUUGUGAAAGUGGAGGUUCAGGAGCAUGAGACAUCAUUUUCACACAUGGAUUGGUCAUCAGAACUUCAGAGUCCCCGACCUUAAGCCCAUUGAGAAUCUUUGGGAUGUGCUGGAGAAGACUGGGAAGGGGUCUGAAUCUCCUGUCAUUACAGUAAUACAAGAUCUUGGCGACCCUGCUGGAAUAAAUGUUGUGACAUUGCAGAAGCUUGUGGAAACGAGGCCAUAGCAAAUGUGUGCCGUAAUCAAAGAUAAAGGCGGUCCAAAUAAAAAUUACUGUGUGUGUUUUGGCCAGGCAGUGUAGCUUUUUGUAGGUUGUGUAAACAUAGCUGCCGAUUGAUGUGAAUUGCACAGAACUUCACCUAUACACUUUUGCCUCCUAUUUCACUAAAACAUUGUUGACUUAAGCUUGGUCGGUCAUUUUUGAAAAUGCAACGUUACAUUGUAAUGUAUAAUUUAUUACAUUUUCAAUAUUUAUAAUUGUAAUAUUUGUUAUACAUGUACAGUAUGCCUUUUAAUGUUGUAAAUUGUAAAAAUAAAGAAAUACCCUUUAGUCCCCAGA